AUGGAGGCGACUUUAGAGACACUGUUAGUGUCCGGUGCGAUGUCGUGCUGGUUUGGCUGGCGUCAACGCCCAAAUGUGGCACGGACGAUCGAAUUGCACACCGACGGCGUACUCUACUGUUUCGAUGAGCCGCGAAACUCCAUGGCGAAGAACUUACAGGAACGCCUGUUUCUUUUAGGUUCGCGCGUAGUUGAUUGCGGUACACAUCGCAGUAGCUUUUGUUUCGUGCUGGGGCUCGCAGACGAGGCUAGUAUUGAACAGCUGCAUCCGUCAGGGAUGUUUCACACUCUUAAAGUGGCCGACGGCGCGGAAUCAUCAAUAAUGCGGCGAGUGGCGCUCUUCUUCACUGACAAUAAGCUACUCAAGUGGCGUUUCAUUUGUUUGUUGCGCCGUGCAUCAGAGUUGAUGCGGCCAGAAGAGGAGACGGAAGAUAAGAACGGCGCUGUGCCGCACAGAGUAAGUCAUUGCUGUGACAGCAGUGGCAUGUAUCGAUUACUGCGCCGCCCUCCGAGGGUCAUUGACGAAACGUGCGACGAACCGCUGGAGGGGCACGAGGUGGCGCAGCUGGAGGACGUCCUGCGUCUCUACGAGGAGCAGCAACGGCGAGAGGAGCGGGAGAACGUGAAUCAGUCUGAUGAGGAAGGCAUUCCAAGCCACGAUCACCAACACAAGCAGCAGCGGCAGGAUCGCAGCGACGACACCGCAAUGGCAGGCAGCGUCGAGGAUGAAGAGGCUCCGGAUCGCCUGAAGCAGUCUCCGCUGUUUGUACCCUGCAUCGCAGAAAAUGCGGCCAACCAGUUCUGUGCGGACUGUGGAGAAAAGUGGCCAACGUGGGCAUUGCUGCAACCGUUUGGGGGUUUUGUUUGUAUCCACUGCGUCGGUGUGCAUCGUCAGCUGUGGCCGCAGCGAUGCCGUGAGACACAGCUAGACUGUUGGGGCGCAGCUGAUAUCGCCUUUAUGGGUAGCCGCGGCAAUGACGUGCUCAACGGCGAGCUCGAGUACGACAAUUACACCACCCCAGCGGGGGAGGUGGCGUACAAACCGGUGGGAAGCCGCUCGCUGCGUGAGGUGCGAGAGUCGUACAUUCAGCUGAAGUACAGCGGCACUUUUACAAGAGAGCACAGUGAGAAGGGGUCGCACAGGACAUCGCCCCCAUGUGACCCACACGCACUGAGUAGGUCCGCCGACGAGCAGAGCGGCAUGCCGGACGAGGGCCCGCCUCAGUAUAUUGGUGUCGCGUACAUCACCGUGCGAGAGGUGGAAGGCAUCAGCAGCAAUGGCGCAGUGCUGGCACUCACGAACGGUUUCCAGGAGGUGCGCACUCACGGUGGCAAUGCCGCCACUAACAACAACAGUAGUGGCAACAGUACAUUGUGGGGGGAGUCUCUCCAACUGGGUUUCCACAGCCUAUCGGCUCCGCUCUACGCCACCCUAUACACCAGCCGCGAUGAGCUGCUAGGAGUCGCCGAGUGGAUGCUCCCUGAAGGGGAUGAGGUGUACAGCGAUAAUAACAACAAGGAGCCGCACUUGCUAACAGUGCCGCUUCUCUGUUUGUCAGACACCACAGAGUCCGUGUGGUCAGGGUACAGAUUGUUUGGUGGUGGUCAUCCGCGGCGACGUCAGAGGGAGGAUGGCCAGCCGCUGCUUUAUCUUACUGUGUCAUUUGAACUCUUUGGUUAA